AUGGAUCGGUUCCAGUACGAUUCUCUUGUCGAUGGUCAAAUUCGACUGGUGGCCCUACAACCUGCACGAUCCUUCUACGAACCGCUGUACUGUACACUGACCACAGUGCACUUGGAGUUUGCGACCUACGAAGCUCUAUCUUACGUAUGGGGUCCUUCCCAAGAGCAGCAUACUCUUAUUUGUAACCGACAGUCGCUUAUUAUCACAUCCAACUUGAACGUCGCCCUUCGGUAUCUACGCCGUAAACGAGAACAGCGCGUGCUUUGGAUCGACGCAGUCUGCAUAGACCAGACUAACAACGCAGAAAAGGAGAUACAGAUACAGCUCAUGGGUCGAAUCUAUAGAGAGGCCCGUGCCUGCGUUGUCUGGCUUGGGGAAUCAGACAGAGAUAUCAAUAGACUCUUCAGAGCGUUGAAGGGUCCUAACCAUUUCUUCAGGUAUGACUGGGCACGUGACGGGUUGCUCUUCGGUGGUAUUGAGAAAAAAUGGACGCUCUAUCCUUUGCUCGUCAUACUCGGCGCCGGAACAGGAACCAUAGCUUUCAAGAAGCUCCGCGAACUCUCAUGGUUCACCAGAGUGUGGACAAUUCAGGAGCUGGCGCUCAACGCGUCGCCGAUGGCAAUGUAUGGGAGAAACACCCUGCGAUGGAGAACGCUCCUCCAUUUCUGGCUAAGCUACGAUGCGGCCACCCUCAUUGACUAUAAUAACUACAAUGUCCUGAUGUCCUGGACUGGGUCCCGAUAUGGGCUCGAAGCCAGCCACCUUAACUGGUUGCGUAGCUCACAAACUCGUACGAGCCUGGCUCUCAAACUCCAGUUGAUGUCGCAUGUCCAGGCCGCGAAGGUGUGGGACCUUAAAGACAAGGUCUUUGGCGUUUCUGCAAUGCUCGAAAUGAUCGGUUGGCAGCCGCCACCCCCAGAUUAUGCACGUAGCCUAGAGGAUCUUUACGUUGCUGCUUCUUGGGCCUGGGCCCGGUUUUUCCCAGACCUGGUCUGGAUCGGCAUGGCUACGAGGAGGCAUUCCGCUCUUGAUCUUCCUUCUUGGGUUAUUGACUGGUCUCAGGCGACUGGAAACGAGUCUGCAUUCUUUACCCACUUCCUCGGUGAUUGGGUUUUGAACCACGCGUUCGCAACGAGACAUACCCAACCCAGUAUCUCUAAUGAACAGGAGGCUGCAAACUUUCGACAGCUUUGUCUAAAGGGCUAUGUGGUGGCCAGAGUGCAUGGCUGCGCUGAGUCUGUUCCGAACUUACGUCACUCUGGAACUGCCUGGGACGGAGCACUAAGAGACCCAUUAGUAUUUAGAGAUGGUUUCGUCGGGCUGAGGUACUACAUUCCUUUAGGCUUCCUUUCCUCUAAGCUUUCCCGCAUACCGCACGAGUCUAGGGAGAAUUUCGUUGCAUGGAUGCGACUUUUGCGCAGUUCAUACCCAUCCCGAGAGACACUAGAUAAGGCGCUUGAUUCAUUAAUUACAUUGCUCCACCCGGUUGUCUUAGUGUGCUUGUUAGUGUGGUUACCGGUUAGCUAA